UGUCUUUCCUAAUUCCCCGGAAUUCAAUCCCCCGCCAACCUAAUCAUCUCCAUAGCCAUUCCCACAGGUACCGGCCAUAUAUCAGCCGUGACGCCGCUAUCUUUUGAUCUUAAACCCAUUAAUUUCCAUUUUUUUUUAUCCUCAAUGAUUUUACGAUCAAAACACAAUUUUUAUUCGACGGAUUCAAUGGGUUCAAAUCCCUACAACAUCUUCGCUCUAUCCUUUAAUUUUUUAGGGUGAAGUGCUUAAGAUUUAUUGUUUCUCAUUCAUGUAUUGGGGUUAUUUUGGUGCGAAAUGGCCUCAAAUCAUACAACACCUGACUCUGCACCUAUCAUGAAGGCUACGUCUCAUGGAGUAUUUCAAGGAGAUAACCCUCUUCAUUUUGCACUCCCUCUUGUCAUCUUACAGAUGGUCCUUGUGCUUGUACUCACCCGAGUCCUUGCUUACCUUUUGAAGCCAUUAAGGCAGCCACGGGUUGUUGCAGAGAUCGUUGGUGGAGUUUUGCUCGGUCCUUCGGCUUUGGGCCGUAACAAAGCAUAUCUGAAUACCGUUUUUCCUCCGAGGAGCCUUACAGUAUUGGACACACUUGCAAACUUAGGACUGUUAUUCUUUCUUUUUCUAGUUGGUCUUGAGCUCGAUCUGCACUCCCUUAGGCGGACCGGUAAGAAAGCACUAUGCAUAGCUAUGGCAGGAAUCAGCCUCCCAUUCAUCCUGGGUACUGGUGUAUCAUUUAUCCUUAUUGGGAGAAUCUCUGAACGUGUAAACGAAGGCCCGUUCAUUGUUUUCAUGGGGGUUGCCAUGUCGAUUACUGCUUUUCCUGUACUUGCACGUAUCUUAGCUGAACUGAAGCUCUUGACAACUGAUGUUGGGAAAAUGGCAAUGUCAGCAGCCGCAGUUAAUGAUGUGGUGGCUUGGAUUCUACUUGCACUUGCUGUUGCAUUAUCGGGUACUGGUCGUUCACCACUUGUUGCAUUAUGGGUUUUCUUGUGUGCGACAGCUUUCAUUCUCAUGUGCUCGGUUUUGGUCCCACCGGUUUUCAAAUGGAUGUCCAAACGGUGUCCUAAUGGUGAACCGGUUGAUGAGCUAUAUGUUUGUGUGACUCUUGGUGGUGUUCUAGCUGCAAGUUUUGUGACCGAUACCAUUGGAAUUCAUGCAUUGUUUGGGGCAUUUGUUGUUGGUGUGUUGAUUCCUAAAGAAGGCGCAUUCGCAGGGGCAUUAGUGGAAAAAGUGGAGGAUCUUGUUUCAGGUUUAUUCUUACCACUAUACUUUGUAUCAAGUGGUUUAAAGACAAAUGUGGCCUCCAUCAAAGGGGCUCGGUCAUGGGGGUUACUUGUUUUGGUCAUUUUUACUGCGUGUUUUGGGAAGAUUGCUGGCUCGGUUGGGGUUUGUCUUGUGUGUAAAAUACCGUUCAUGGAGGCUAUUGCAAUCGGGCUUUUGAUGAACACAAAAGGGUUGGUUGAGCUUAUUGUUCUGAACAUUGGGAAAGAUCGAGGGGUGUUAAACGACGAAACGUUUGCUAUAUUGGUAUUGAUGGCGCUAUUAACGACAUUCAUCACGACGCCUCUAGUUGUUGCGGUAUAUAAACCCGCUAAAGCACCAUCAAACUCCCAAUACAAACACCGAACACUUCACGGAAGAGGUUCAUCCACGAGCCCAUUCCGUAUGCUGUUCUGCUUCCAUAGUGUAAGAAACAUACCAACUAUGAUCAACCUAAUCGAGGUUUUACGCGGAACUGGAAAGAAAGAGGUGCUUCUAGUCCACGCAAUGCACCUCAUGGAACUUUCUGAGAGGUCUUCAGCUAUCCUCAUGGUUCACAAGGCGAGGAAAAACGGACUCCCAUUUUGGAAAAAGGAUUCAAAUGCCGGACCAGACCAGGUUGUAGUGGCCUUUGAGGCUUUCCAGCAGCUAAGCAAGGUCUCAAUCUGGCCCACAACUGCCAUAUCUGCUGUUUCGAGUAUGCAUGAAGAUAUAUGUAGUGGUGCUGAGAGAAACCGAGCUGCCAUGAUCAUAUUACCAUUUCAUAAGCAUCUUAGGCUUGAUGGUCAACUCGAAACCACUCGAGCUGAGUACAGACAAGUGAACCGAAAGGUCUUGGAGUACGCUCCUUGUUCAGUCGGGAUCUUGGUUGACCGUGGGUUUGGUGGAACAUCGCAUAUUGCUGCCAGUAAUGUUAACUCACUAGUUACAGUCUUAUUCUUUGGUGGUCAAGACGAUCACGAGGCAUUGGCAUAUGGAGCCCGGAUCGCUGAGCAUCCAGGAAUUAACCUUAUUGUAGUACGGUUUCUCCUCAACCCUGCCACACCCACCGCCCCAGAGUCCGUCACUAUCGACAUCCACGAAUCCACGACCUCAGAAUCACAAUCCACCGAUGAUGAAGUGAUCACAGAUUUCAAAAGGAAGAUCGUCUUAAAGUACAACUCAAUGAAGUACGACGAGAGAAUGGUGUCAAAUGCCUCAGAGAUGACAGAGAUGAUUCGUGAAUAUGGACGGACCAAUCUGUUUCUUGUAGGAAGGAUGCCAGAAGGCAAAAUGGUGGAAUUUCUAAAGACGAAUACCGAGUGCCCAGAAAUGGGCCCGGUUGGAAACUUGUUAAUUUCGCAUAGUUUCACUACUGCUGCAUCUGUGCUUGUUGUGCAGAAGUAUCGUAGUCAAUUGUCUUUGCAUUCGUUAGCGUCUUUGAAAGAAGACGAAACUACUGAUUGGGUUGAUAGACUUGAUACCAGCUAGACAUAUUCUUUUCCACUGUGAUUAAGUCGUUUCGACUACAAUUUGAUAUACAAAUGUAUAUCAGUCCGGGUAAAAGGGAUUUACCUUUGUUAGAUUAAAUGUAUAUCAGUUUGUACAUAUAGAAAAGCAAGAAAGUAUAUACUGAUGUGAAAUUGUACAAAAUGAUACUGAUGUAGUAAUGUAUGUCCCAUACUCGAAGCUUCAUUGUAUUUUCCUCGAUUUUUUUACUUUAUAACUCGUAUUUGAAUUUUUUUCAGAACUGCAA